AAGCGUUCGAAUGAACCUCACGCGCUCGGCUGCAGAAGAAGACGUUACGUUCUCAUUGGUAGGACGCCUCUGAUACGAGCUCCACAUAUAUAUAUAUAUUUUUUGUAGGAUAUCGCAAUUGGAAUUCUAGCGGUUGUGCGUUUGCCAAGCGUUUUCUUGCUUCGUCAUGCCGUACGUAUUCACCAGUGAGUGCGUUCGCUCGUUGCUACGCACAAAGCGCCUAGCGUUUAUGGGGUGCUCAAACAUUCGAGCCGUCUACAAGUAUCUCGUCUGUCUGUACCAGGAGAAUUCGCUCAUCUCAACUGAUUUGCUCAAGCAAAAGAUGGAGGAGAGCUGCCUUGGAGAUUACUUGGUAGACCAUGGAAAACAGAAUGGCCAAGGCUAUCUGGAAGAGAGAAUAUUUUGCAAUGACCACACAACGAUUUAUUUCUACUUUUUGACAAAGAUCUACAGUGACUACGUGCAGACAGUCUUGGUACGCAUGGCUGAUAUUUCCCCGGACGUUGUCAUCGUCAGCUCGUGCCUCUGGGAUAUUACGAGGUGGGGAGCCUGUGGCGUCGACGAGUACAAGAAAAACCUGCACCUGUUUUUCGGGGGACUCGGGCGCGUCCUUCCCCAAAGUUCCAUUGCGAUAUGGCUGACUGCAGCACCUCCAUCCCAGAACGUGCACGGUGGAUUUCUCUUCGUCCCAGAGCUUGACUUUCUCAAGUACUCGCUUAGGUUUCACGUCAUCGAGGCCAACUACUUCUGCCAAGAGACGGCUUCGAAGUUUGGCGUUGAUGUCGUUGACAUUCACUACUACCUGCGUAUGAUGCUUGAGUACCGAGAUGAAGACGGAAUUCACUGGCAUCCUGUGGCGGUGCGCCUCUGCACAAAUCUGAUCCUAACGCACCUUGCCUUGUCGUGGGGCGAGGAACUGCCUAACAGUGACGGCUUCCUCACCGCAAGCGAGAAACAAUGUUCUUCACCAAACGCCAUUGAUGUGUCUGAGGAGUCGGGCACAGAUGACAGCUAUCUUUCUGAAGAAUUGUCGCAGAGCAACAUCUUUGGAAGUGAGCUAGCUCCGCAAGAGAGCCGGUACAAUGACGCCUAUUUAACAGGGAUAAGCGGUGCGGUUACAUGA